UUAUCAUUUGUAUAACUAUCAUAAAGACGGCACUUGAACAAACCUUGCAGGAUGACUCGCCUUUUCGUUCUAAUUCUUCUUCUGUCGUUGCUGACUGAUAGUGCUUUUGGAUCCAUCGAUCAGCUAAUUCGAAGUAUUGCCAGUGCAUUUGGUGGAGGUGCUACCGUGGGUAUAAAUGCUAAUGUCCCAAGAUCCGGAUUUGGUAUUAGAACACCCAACAGCGAAUUUUCUGUGGGAUAUGGCUUUGGUCGGUGAGUUCCCCGACUUGUGGUUCAAGCCUUCACCACUUUGUUUUUGACUUUGACCAGGCUGACAAGAACAUGAAUUGUAAAUUAGUAUUUGAAUUUGAUCGUCAAUUGUUAUGGAAAAUAUUUACUAAAUUGAAAUGUAUAGCAAUAAAAAUGGAUAAAGGAUUGAGUGUGAGAAGCAAUCAAAAAUAAAUAAAGGCAUCUGCUUUUUACGGAUUUAA